AAUUGCUUUGGCAUUUAUUCAGUACUGCACUCGCUUGUUACCCAUUAUCAAACGUUGCCCUCUUGUAAUUGAGGGGCUUAAUUAAAACAUCGAGCAGAAAAAGAGAGGAUUAAUUAUUAAACUGGAUAUUUGGUCUCUUUUUUUCUUUACAGAAUGAUAACUUACAGAAAAUGUUGUGUCAUUCAUAAGUGCUGCAUGUUUUUUUUUUGGGUCUAUUUUGAGAUAAUCAGCUUAACUGUACAAUGCUUAAUGCUGAUAAUGCAUCAAUUAACCACUGCGCUGAGGCGACCACUGGCUCUGGUCUUCAGUGCCUGUGGAGCAGACGGUCAGUGUGUGCACACAGUCUGAGGAGAUUAGGCAGAGAGAGUGGGGCCUCAUUUGAAGGUGGCCAUGCAGACGGCUAAUUUGAGAGUGAAUGGCGCAUUUUCUUUGGCCUGGCUGUAGAGUGCGGCUAGGUCGGCUGUUUGAAAGCUGUCUGCAUCACCACUUUCCUCUGUCCUCCUCGCUCUCGGAGUGCAUUAAAAGAGAGAGUCUGGUGUGAGGUGCUGGACUCCUGCCAGGAGCCUCUCUUAUCCAGGGUGUAGGAUGCUAAUUCUGACCUACUUGCCAGAGAGGAACGAGGCCCUCCACUCUUUCAAAGCAAAGAGAGCUGAUCCACGAAGCCCCACCUGCAAUUCCCUACACUUUGCUCACCACAAACUUCUACCGCUGCAAUUAUGCUCCCAUUGUCGACACUACCUGCCCUCUCGGUUAACCUCUAUGGUUUUUCCAGAAGUCAGGAGUGCAGAGUAAGUUGAUGCAACCUCUCCAGUUCGCCUUAGGGCUCUUCCAAAGGUGGUGCCAGUGCAGAUUAAGCCCCUCGGUGCUCUCUUUGACCAGAUCCCACCGUUACAUAAGCCCCUGGCAAGCUGGUGUCUCUCUAAAGCUUUCCCUGUCGUGCUCAAAAGGCCGAACAUGACUAGCAGAGCACAUCGAGACGGCAGGUGUUUACAGUACAGAUCUGGAUGGUCAGCUAAAGGACUGAAGCUAAUGCUACAUGACAGUUCAGGAUUUGAGACAUGGGCACACGAUUUCCCCAGAGAGGCUCAGGAGGACCAGGAGAGGGAACUACAUGCUGGUUGACCUUUACUUCUUUGAAGGUGAACAACUCUGCCUCACCACCCACAGAGAGGAAAAUCACUGCAGGUAUUUUCUUAGAGGGGGGUCUAGUUCAGGUUCAAUACACUAAAUUUCUCUUUUCUCUGACUCCCCAACUGUUCAAGGCCAGCAGGUUUUUUAGGGGGUCAAACAUGGAACAGAUUGGGGCACUUGACUCAAGAGCAGAGACAAACAGAAAGUGGCUUUUUAACAAGUACGGUGAUUGUUUUUCACUGUACCCUCUCAGAAACUGAAGAGCAGCGACAACAAAACACUGACAAAAUGGAAACACUGAGCAAACGGCCCAUUUGGCAGAAAAACAGCCACAUUAGCAUGAAAUCAGAAUCAUAAAACAGAUGAUCGUGAGUCCAAUAUUUACGCUCUUGUAGCUCUGCUGCUUGAAUGGUUAGCUAAUUCUUUCCGAAGCCAAAAAACAGGGUGUAUUUUCUGACAGAGCAGCAAUGGUGAGCAAAAUGACUAAAAACAGAGCUGAAGACAUGUAUUUGAAAAAAGGUUGUUACUUUGUUCACAAUAAACUAGUAGAUAAACUGGGUUUUGAAAAGGUCUUUGCUGAAAUUAGCGUCCUGUUGCAACCAUCAAGACCACUGUAGUAAAAUUGAAUUUGACCAUAAGUUUUUUUUUUUUUUUUUGUCAUAUAUUCAAAGGACCCACUGCGUUUUUUGAUCUAAAAGAGGUCUAACAGACGUCUAAAUGUAGCCUAGAUAACUGGUCUAAAAGAAGACUACCACAGGUCUGAAAAUGAAAGUUUUUUAGACCAAGUCUAAAUUUAGACCCAGUCUAACUUUGGGCUAUAUCUAUACGACACUGUAUAUUGCUCAACAGCUAUCGUAAUUAUUUGGGUUAAGUACUUGGAGAUCAGUUAUGUAACUCACAGUUGCACAAAAUUCUCAAAAUUUUAGGGAGAAUUCCACAAAUUUUUCAAAAUUUUUGGCAGUUUUCAGGUUUCUAAACAAUUCCAAAAACUUACUUCAAAUGAUUACUUCAGAAAAAAGUUAAUAAAAGUUUCAUAAAAGGAAAAUUCUCUUAGCGGCCAAAGAUUAAGGGGGACGAUGUCUGCAACAGCAAUCCAGAGGAACCCAUGAGACGAGGGAGCUCAGGGACCCAAAAAAGACUUUUACCUUUAAGUUUCCUUAUCCUUUUAUUUCUCUUUUGUUUUUGUAUUUAUACUGCUGUAAUUUUGAAAUUUCCUCCCUGUUGGACUUACAAAGGUACAUCUUAUCUUAUCCUAUCUUUAUAGGAGCACAGUUGAAAUCAAUGAUACACUCAUAAAUGGAGGACAGAGAGAAAGAAGGAUGCUCAACGUGCCUGUACCCCGGGUAGUCUAGAUUUAUAGCAGCAUGACUGAACUAGCUCUACAAAUGAGCUUCAUCAAAAAUGAAAGUUCUUAGUAAAUGUAACACAAACAAAAAAAGGGAGUUUGUUGGGAUCAACACAGAUUUAGCUAACUAGAAUAGUGUCUUGAAUUGUCUCAGUAUCAACUACAGCUACUCGUUUCCUAUCAUAUUCUGUUGAUAGUGAUAAAAAUGUACAAUAGUCUUAGCCUCAAGUUUUACACAACGAGCUGAAACACGAGCCGUCUCCUGAUCCGGGGAGCGCAGAGGCACACGUUUGUUAGUACACACAGAAGCAGGCAUACCAUUGAGUAAUGUGGGUCAAGUGUGCAGAGAGCUCGUGAGACAGAGUCGCCUCCCACUCAUGACAUUACAGGGAUGGUGGGACAUCUUGAAUCAGCGCUGAGUCUAAAACAGCCCGCAGUCUGACUGUAAGCGAUGUGUGUAUCCUCUGCUCACUCGCUGAAAAACACACAAAUAAAGCAUGCAGUGUUUGUUACUUUGAUGAAAAUGUGGGGCUAUAUUUAGGCGCAGAGGCUGAAUCCAAAGACGCUGUAAUGUUCCUGGUAGAAACACCGAGUCCUACUUUUGAACUUCAUGAACAUGAAAAGUUUCUGUGCUUGUUACAGAAAGAGAAAUUAUACCGUGACAGACACAGUGUGUACCGAUGAACUUGCUCUACAUACUCUCCGUCCCCCUCCAUGCGCUCGAUAUUCUCCCAGCAUGUUCUGUCACACUUUCUAUUUUAAUGUCAGUCUGGGUCAUAAAAUAUUCUCACCCUCCCUUUCAGCUAAUAAAUGUGAACUUUAUCAAACUGAAAUCAAGUCUUAAAAUGUUUGAAUUAGAGUCAGACACACAAUAAAUUACACUUGGCUGUUUUUUUUUCCUGAUAACUCAACGAAACCGGUUCACUUCUCGAGGACAAACAAAGGAUUUGACCGUUUCACUGAGCUUUUUAAGACUCUCUAGAGCUUGACAGUCAUUUCUUGACCUUGAGCACCGCAGCGGACAAAACAAUCUCAGACUCAGUCAUGUACUCGUUUGUUUCAGAGCUUUCAACCGAACGAAUACUGACAUGUUUAUGGAGGGUAUUUGUUCUGGGUUUGUCAAAUGGGUCUGUUGUUCAGUAGAGGAAGCAAUAACUCAAGUGCGCUUCAAGCCUUUUUCCACUUUUUCAUACAUGAUGUUAAACAGGAGUAGAAACAGUCAAAGUUACAAGGAAGAGAAUGCUAAAACAAAAAUAUAAGAUAUUGUCAACAGAGGCACGAAAAACGUCUUUCAAAUACAGGGAUGGGAAUCGAGAACCGGUUCUUGUUGAGAGCUGGUUCCAAAUGGUUCAAUCCAUUGACAUCAUUUACAUUUUACCUAAACGAUUCCCUUAACGAUUCUUUUCUUCCGAUCGUCAGCCGCUGCUGCUCCGUCUCAGCAAUGGCAUGAAAGGUACGUAGUAUGUCCUGUGUUAACAUAAGCUCAAUGCAUGCCAGACUCGGACCAACUGAGUUAGAAGAGUGUCAAAAACACUCGACCCGACCCAAAAAACCCUCGAAAUUUUGCGCACUACUCCACCUACGCUUGGUAAUGAAUCCAGAAUAUGGUCACCCUAAUUUGACUUAAUACUGACUGAAGUAAUCGCUGUACAAGUAGUUUGUCAUUUGAUUAUUUUUAGACUACUGUUAUCAGAGACUCAAUAAAAUUUUGAGUUAACGGUGAAAAUCUAUAGUCUACUUUUUUUUAAAUUUACAGAAAGGCACCGAUACGGGAAUCGUUAAAGAAUUGAAUCGAUAAGCAGAAUCGAUAAUGGCAUUGAUAUUGAUAAAAUCUUAAUAAUUCCCAUCCCUAUUCAAAUAAGCAGCAAUCUUGAGCUAAUAUGAAUAUUUACAAAAACCCCUCAUUGAAUAAGUAUAAAGAUUUGAUUGAAUGCAGCCUUUUUGUUGCUGAUCUCCUCGUCCCACAUUAUCUCACUCCUUUCUGAUUCAAGAGAAGAUCAGCCAAAAAUGCUUUUAAUGUGAUCCCGUUAGUUGAAGUUCCAUCCCUGCAGCUGGAAAACUGAUUUGAGGUCCAAAAAUUACCUCCAGACUCAGUCAAGUAGUUUGUUUAAUGAAGGGAAGCUAAUGGUGUGCAGAGCCAUACAUGCAUGACGUCCAUCCAUGGGGCCUCCAGUUCAUUCAUUUUCCUAUUGUUAUAACUCUUGGAAUUUUUCCUGUUUGUAGGAUCGGUUUAUGAGAUUUAUAAGAAAUGCUGCCCUGAUGUCUGAUCAUGAUGUUUUCAGUGAAUUCAGGGUCAAAAACUUCACCAGAGAGGAGUUCAUCUGCAGCUGAAACAUCUUUUCCUGAGCGUCAUUUGAUUCACAUCCUCCUCGGUGUUUGUUUUUUUGAUGAGAAGGAAUGCUUUUGGUGUUUGCACAAUUUGUUUCCAUCCUGAUUAAGAGCGACAAGUUGAUUCAUCUCCCUCCUUGCUCCAGAUGGCAGCUAUUUGAAUAGGCGUGCAAGGCUCUGAUCAGGACAAGCUAUUUAAAAUAAACUGGGCAAUCCACUACAUAGUUGUACUGUGAUAUACUCGAGCAUUAGCCAUCUAUAUUUCCUCCACAGAUAGAGAAAAUGCACGCUAUUUUCUGUGCAGUCUUACUUGGCGGAAGUUUGGUAUUGCAAUCAAGUUUUCCCGAUAGCUAUAGAGGGCAAGUUCUGUGCAACUUUGCAUGCAUGUGCACCUGCAUACAUUUAUGUCAAAGUGAUUCGUUCCAAUGUUUGUGUGUUUUUCUUUCUUUUUUAGGAUCCUAAGGGCGACAGAGCGGCCAUCAUCUGUUGCAGCAGUGCCUCGAAACACAAAGAGCCCCAUUCAGAGGCCUCAGAAGCAGUAUCCCACACCCACACGGCCAAGAGGACACUCAGACCCAUCCAGCACACAGCCUGGAGUCAUUAUAGAAGCAGUGUGGACGUCUCUGAGAAGAAGAACCAAAAGGAUGAAACUCAAACCAACAAAAAUGUACAGGAAGUGUCCCCCUCCUGCUGUCUCAUCUGCUGUGAUUUAUGCUCAUCAAACAUACACAGGGAUUAUUCCCACAGCUUACAACAAUAUUUUACAGUUUCAGCUAUCCAAGGAGCUCAGGGGCCCUGCAUACCAAGUGUAAAGUGAUUCUGAUGCCAGUAGCUUCCCGGACCGGUCUGUCAGACGGAGCCAGCGGGGAUCUCAGAGGCAGACAGAGAGGCUUCAGACUCUGUGAACUCUGAGGUUACAAUGGAGGGGCAAAAUUAAGGGGAAACUGUAACAAAUACUGUCAAUCUACAGGUCUGAUACAGAGGCUAACACACUGUUAAUAAUGGGUUCGAUACAGACUUUGUGGCUGUGAAAUAUCUAAUGGAUUUCUUGAGAGAAGGUCACUUAAUUCAUGUUCUUUGGUUGUUAAGUUGUGGAUUUUUAUAAAUGUGUGUUUUUUGGCCUUUACUUUAAUGGGAGGAGUGGAGAAUGAUUUGAACCCAGGCCACCUUCCUCAAGGACAAAGCUACAGGUUAAGUUUUCUUUUUUAAAGCUGCUGUGAGGAACUCUUUGUCUGUAUUGAUUUUGGCGCCCCAUGUGGCCAAAGUAGAAACUCUUUAUUGUUGCUAAUUUCUGCUCAUUAGUGUGAGAUUUUUAAAAAUCACAUGUUGUCUCUUUUGAUGAAAAGUCUAAAAAUGGCAGGUGAAAUAAUGAAGGACAAUAAGUUGAAGAUUAAAAAUAACGCUAUUAAAAUCUGAACAUCAAGUACCAAAAAAUUAUUCUGCGAUCUAGUUACCUCGGAGGUCAGAUGUCAGAGCUGAAAAUGACGUCACAGCCAAGUCAGAAAAAAGCAAAAUCGGAGGCGGAAACAAGAUGGCUACAUCUGCAAAAGUUAUUUUAGCACUUGCAUUGUCCUUGUUAUAUUUGGACAAGGCAAGCGCUAAAAUAACUUUCAUAGAUGUAGCCAUCUUGUGUCCGCCUCCGAUCCUGCUUUUUUUUUCUGACUUGGUAACUGAAAUGCUGGUAACUCGGCUGUGACGUCAUUUUCAGCUCUGACAUCUGACCUCCGAGGUAAUUCGAAAGCAGCAUAACAUAAUCCCGUCAUAAAAGCCAAACUAAACAUCUGGACAGAAAACAUGGAUGAUAAUUUGUUUUGAUUUCUUAUUUGAGUUUUUGUACCAAACUAUAAACCAGAUAAAUUAAGGGUAAGAUAAAAACAAGCAGCGUUUAUCUUGGAUUUGAUGUGUCAUGCCUCCCGCAGUGAGUUUUCAUUUGCGAUGUGACAGGAGCCCAUGAGCGUCUUAAUGAGAUUCUCAGAGUGCAGGGAUCGUUAAUCUCUUAAUGAGUCGAACUCCCAGGGUGGGACAAAAACUGCUGAGUGGAUCUAAGUCAGUAACAAAAUCAUCACAGGCUCUGGUAUCAAAACAACACUGUCACAGACCCACACUGACCUCUCCUCUACAUGACAAAACUCUGAAAUCGCAGUUUUUCAGUCACUAAAUGAUGAAACAUGACACUUUAAAAACUAUCGAACCACAGUGCAGCAGCUCCAUGCAGACUCCCUGACCUCUGAAAGCUGCUGAUUCUACAUGUAACCCCACACCUGUGUGAGCUGGGCAGGGCUUCUGGCUUCACCCAUGAAAUAUUCAGAGGAAGAUAUUUUUGAGGACAUUUGCAUUUAUUAAAAGUCACUCAGUCUAAAUAAUGGAUUGUGUAAUGUGAUUCUGGCUCAGUCUGACAAUAGAAAGGAUCCACUUCACUGACGCACAAUAACCGACUGAAGAAGUUGCAGUCAAACACAAUUAUAAGUCUCACAGGUGUGUCUGUUACAUUUUGGCUUUUACUUGGAUUUAAUUCGUCCAGGUCCUGUUGUUCAUAUAUUUUGAUUUCUAAGGAAUAUACCCAUUAAGUUACAAAAUCUCUUAUUUGAGAGAGUCCUGACUUAAACAGUGAAACAAAAAUUUCACAAGAAUGCAAAAACUACAUUUGUUGAUAGAUUAACAGUGUUAAGAAACAUCUAUGUAGGCUUUUUAUAACUCUGGUUUUUGUGUUUUUUUUAAAGGGUUUAGUUUUAAACUUUCUCUUACAUUGAAUUAUUUCGAAUUUGUCAGUUUGAAUACUUCAUGGUAAGCAGUAACCCAAUAAUACUGUCUUUCUUUAACAGUCCAGGGUUUUCACUUUUAAAUACAUGUAACCUCAAUUCCAAAAAGUUGGGACAUUUUCUAAAUUAUUGAUAAAAAUCAGAAUUUAAUGGUCUCCGAACUGACAGCUUAACAAUACAAAAACAAAUAUUUUUAUUGUUUUAUGAAUAAAUGUGUGCAAAUUUUUGAUUUGACGCCAGCAACAUGUUUGAAAAAAGUUUGGGUUGGACAAGAAAACUCUAAAAAAGUUCUGUAAUGUUUAAAAAAAACAUCUGGAGAGCAUCUUCUUUUAAUUAUUUGCAAAAGACAAAUGACCCUUAUGAGUUUAAAAAAGGGCUAGUGUUUCAGGCGUAAAGAUAAUAAGAGGUUCAGCACUGUGAGAGGCCGGCUGAGCAAAUUGAUCAACAAUUUUUGCGUCUUUAAUUAAAUACUCUGUUAAAACUUUAACUCCCAAUCCUGAAAACUAAAGUUAAAAAAAAUGAACACGUUUUGCAGUCUGUAAUACCGUGAUAUUUACCUUCUUCUUGUAAGUUCUGGCAGGAGACUUCAUAUGAAUCCUUCAUAACUUCAAAUGCGUCUGUAAUGCGCGCUCUGCCCCCUGCUGGCCAUAAAGUAAACCUCAGAAAACCUUUUUUUCUUAGACAUUUUAUUUAAGAAAGUAGCAGCUCAUUCAGUAAGUCGUACAAAAACAAUAACAGUCAGUAGAGAGCACAUUGUAGUCAUGUGUAAGUGCUAAUGUAAUUCUGAACACGUACAGUGUGAUAGUGUCGACUGUCGACAAAACUAUUUUACUUACUAGAAAAUUAGUAGGAUUUCAUUAACACUUUGGACAGAGGCUUCAGUCUUCAUAAGUAGUUGUGCCUUCAUAAAAAAGCUUAUCAAACUCUCCAGUAGUUUAACCAGAAACACUUUUCACAUUUUGGAGGAAAGAAAUUAAUAUUAUUAUAGUUUUAUUGAGAAACCGUUUGACUGUGUGAGUUAUCAAAUGGACAUAAAACGGUCUUGAAUGAUGAGUUGGACCAGUUAUCUUUGUUUCACGCAGUCAGAUCAUUACGUUGAAGUCUGGAAAUAUGAUAUCUAACAAUGAUCUACAUUAGUCUCUGUGUUAGUUUUUCUUCUGUGCGCUCUCAUUUCCAGCUGUGGCGUUUUUGUUCGUUUUUGGAGUCUUUACUGUUUUUGCCGCCUUCUCCUUUUUCACCUCUUCCUUCUUCGCCGCCGCCUCCUCCACCUGCUCGGCC